GGUGAAGGAGGAGGAGAAGAAGAAGGAGGAAGAGGAGGAGGAGAAGAAGAAGUCGUCCUAUUUCUUGGGAAAAAAACUUUUCUCCCUGUUAAAAAGAAUAAGCUUAGUUUUUGCAGUGAGGAGGACUCAGGUUGAAUUUUGUUCCCCUCGAAAUCUCCAAAGAUGAAAGGAAGAUUUCCCAAAGUGCAGUUCAGCCCUGCAACCUCCUUGCCGUCAAACACUGCUGGUAAACAUUAACCCCUGAACGGAGCAGAAUGCUGAGCAGGCUGCAUGAGCUAAAGAAAGAGGAGGAGGCCCUAAUGAAAAUCAAAACCACUUUACAAGAUCAAUUGAACCGACUCAAGGUGGAAGAGCUGGCUCUGAGAUCAAUCAUCAUGACCAGAGAACACAAUGAAGAGGAAAACUCUGGUCAAAGAAUUGAAGCAGCUGAUGACACAGAGUCAGAGAUGCAGGUGGACGAUGAAACUGCCAUCAAUCAAACCCAGCUUGAGUUGGGCACCUCACAGUGUGUCAGUUACAUUGGAGAAGGAAAUGAUGGUGAGGAGGCAGAAGAGGAAGAAGAAGAGGAGGGUGAUGAGGAAGGUUACGACUCCUAGAAGUAAUUUCAUUGAGAAGAAUGCAGAAUGACGGCACAAAGAGAAUGCACCUUUUUUUUAUCAUUUAAGCUUGGAGGCUGAAUGGCACUGGAUAUGUAAUUGACAACAAAGAUGGUUCAGGGCACAUGAGACACCAGGAACAGUUGCCAGAGAACUGAUUAGCAAAGAAGACAGGACACAACUGAUGGUUUAUCUGUGACCUGGAAUCUGCUUAUUGCUGAAAUAUUGUGCUGAGUUCCAGAUAUCUAACUUAUUCUGCCACCCAUCAGAUGCUAAUGUAAAUAGUGUUCGAGAGAGAAAAAUUUACGAUUAACUCUCUGAUUCGCAAAUAAAGAUGCACUGUACAUUGUUGGCGCAACAAAAGCUGUGAAAAACACGAAGUAGGAAAACCAGAGGUUGAGACGUUAAGAUAUACUGAUCUUGUGGAAGCCCAAGAAAAUAUAUCCAUAUGUUUCAUGUUGGACCUUAGUAGCAAAUUGAAAUAUUCCAGUAUAAUUUUUGUCCCAGUGCAAUGAUCCCUACCAUUUAUUGAUGUAAUUUAAGCACGUCUAAUAGUAGAUGAUCAAUACUGCAGAUUGGGAGGGCAAGUCAGAACUGUUGCCCAGUACUGUAUUCAGCAAAAGAAUAGAAUACACCUGCCGUUGGUCUGCUUUGUACAUGUUCCUCAUCUUCACAAUUAAGCGCUGUUCAAUUUCUGGGGACAUUUGUAACCCAAUUGCCAGUUCCUUCUAUGUGAGCUCAGGUUUUCGUUGCUCAAAUAUUUGGCCUCUGAAGUAAGUAAAUUCAUAGAGAUUAUCGGUGAACAUCUUGACUUUCUGUUGCUUUCUUUCCCCAACACUGUAAAUAUUAUAGGACAUAUGGUAUUAUUUGUGCCACAUGUUGAACCUUGCUUCCAGUUCCCUUUUCAGCAAGGUCCCAGUGCAGAUAGAAAAGGUUCCUAAUGAAAUGUUUAGAUUUUGUGCAUCUGUUAUUCAAAAUUGAGUGGGGCGCUGGGGGGGGAGAGAAGAAAUUCUACUGGGUUUAGAUUUGCUCCCUUUGCUCAGCAUUUCAGAACGUGCUGAAUUUCGCGUUUUGUCCAAUUCAGCCUCGAAGCCGGUUUUCUGUGGUUCGUAAAAGCGCUUAAAAGAAAGCAGCCUUCAACAUGAAGCCUGCAUUUAAUCUGCCAAGUUGUGCAAUACUCUGAAAUACUGAGAAAGGGAGAAUACAUCUGGAGCCUGUUGCAAUGUCCUGCCGCUGUGAGGUGUUAAAUCUAUUUGAUGUGUGCACUUUAACCUCCCCCUACAAUAGCAUUGAACACGCUCCCCUUUAUGCACUGAAAGUUAAUGCUCAUUUUUUUUUUGGGGUGGGGGGGGGGGAAGAGUGUGGGGGGAAGGGGGUUGAAUGCGUUUUUAAUACAUUUAUAUAACACCCUUCACUGUGAAGUAGAGAAGGAACACAGGAGACUUGUCCUGACUGCCCUCUCCCCACGGGUGAGGAGAGCUCUCGGCUGAGUUCCUGUGACCCUUUAUUAGGAAACGUGUAGCAGUCUUAAGAAGGGAGGAGGGAAAUACAGGAGUUAAAGAAAUGGGAGGACGCGGGAGGAGGAAGAGAACUGCUUUUCUGUUGUACUUUUGUAUCCUCUGGCUGGUUAAAGUGUUUAUACAGGAGUAUAACCUGCAGAAUGAUCCAAUCUUUGCCCUGAAAUCGAAGCUUUUCCCAGCAUUUUGUAUUGAACGAAACUGUUGCAAUAUUCCCACAGGUCUGCGCACGUGGAAAUUUUGUACAAGGAGAGUUUGGGUUGCAAACGUGAGAAAGCUAAAUUGCACGGCUCCCAAGAAUAGUCAAUAAAUAAGGUUAAAGUGA